CGUGAGGAUGCUGCUGUCAUGGCGUAGCUCGCUUGUUUUGUCCUCGCGAAGGCUCUUCCAAUCCUCAAUUAGAAUGUAUAGAUGCGACAAGCGAAAAACACAAUCCACGCAGUAUGAAUGUCCUCACACGUUGAAGAGUCAAAUAUCUCUGAGGAAAUACAGAUUGCUAAAUCCCUUCAUUGAAUUAGACGUUCGUCAAGGUUGGAAUGAAUUGCUAAGGAAUAGGAGUAAACAAGGUCACGUGAUAUUUGGUCGAAAUGUUGCUGCUGGUGAUCGUGUGUCAAAGAGUUGUAGAAAGCAGCUACUAAUGAACAGUCGAGAUUUUGGCAUGUCUAUGUAUGCAAUUUCCAGUAGCCUCGCCGGCACGUGCCAAGACUUUGAGAAGCCGAGAGGCGUGGACACGACGUCUUCGACUAUAAAACAUUAUGAUGGAAAUGAUUUAUCUAACAAUGAUAGAAACACUCAACAAGCAUCACUGGAACAGAGCACUGUUGCAAUCAGUUUCCAAGGCAAGCAGUUGGACAAGUUACAAACAUCACGCUGUUGCAAUUCACAGCUGCCGAGUUCAGAUCAUGUGCCUGAAAUCAUAUCUUUUGCUUACAACGCAUUGCAAAGAAAAGAAAACGAAGAAUCCAGCGAUAUGUGUUGUCUGUAUGCCCAGAAUCAAAAUAGAGUGAACAAACCUCUAGCAGACCCAUCGUGGAUGAAGGCCACACCCACGCAAUUGUCUGUCGCUUUGUUGAAGCUAAGAGAAGAGCUUCCUGCUUUUUUUAAUUAUCCUCCAAGGCUGGAAAUGUAUUCAAGAAAUUUGGUAGUAGAAAAUGGGUUGAUGGGUUUGGCGAUUACUACUAGGGGUCUCCUACUUUAUCGUUUGCAACUUUUCAUAUUUAGGUUUUGUGCAAGCAUUCGAUUUGCUCAUCCUGUGAUGGAAAUAUUGAAAAUGACAAAAGAGUCAGAACAAUCAAGCAUUCAUGUGCGAUGGAGAGUGAGGGGAAUGCCGUUAAUACGUCUCGUCGGAGUCAAGGCACAAGAAAGAAUGUGGGAUGGAUUCUCAAUAUUUGAGGUCGGCAGUGAUGGUCUGAUUAGGAAACAUAGGAUAACGAGAGUGACACCAAGUCAGUUGAAAGAGAAAGAGAAGACGCGUUUUAUCGCAUUUCUGAUGGGAUUUUGGCAGCUCGGACGAAAACGCGGAUUCUGCUAGCAACGAGACGUACAUCGUGAUCCAAUG